AUGCCUCUUUCAGGACUCUCGUGGCUUCGGAGAUUAUACUCCCUUGAUACUCUAGAUACUCGUCUUACUACCUCUUCUACUACUCCGCCCAAAGCUGCCGCGGGUCACACGCGAGCUCCCUCCGCCAGAGAUGCCCGUGCCAUUGCGAUUGCGCGCAAUGCUCCCCCUCCAAAAUGGAGGACCUUUGAGUUUUACAUCUAUUAUGUGAUUUUCUUGAUUGCUGUGCCGUUGAUGUUCAUCACGGCCAUUGGGGUAUCGCAGGAAAGCCAUCCUUCAUAUCCGACUUACGCUCAUCUGCUGUCGCCUGGCUGGAUACCUGGACGUCAAGUUGACAACUCCGAUGACCAGUAUUCCUCGUUCCGCGAUAACAUACCCUACCUGUUGCUGCUGCUUGUCGGACACCCAUUGCUUCGCCGUGUAUAUAACAGCUAUGUACGCCCAGUCACUGGAUAUACCGGGGCCUCUAAGGCUUCCCCGACUGUUCUUGCUGCGGAUGCUCGUCUUAAUCAGCGGAUAAGCUUCGACUUUUAUUUCGCGCUUGUCUUCAUCACAGCUCUUCACGGUGUUUCCGCGCUGAAGGUCCUCGCCAUCCUAUAUGUGAACUACAAAAUCUCCAAGAAUCUUCCCAGGAAGUACAUUCCUGCGGGGGCCUGGAUGUUCAAUAUCGGAACGCUGCUUGCAAAUGAGCUCUGUGCCGGUUACCAUCUGGAAUGGAUGGCUUCUUUCUUCGUGUCUCCGGGUAGUACUGACAAGGAAGCCCCCUUGGUACUUUGGGGUCGCUACCUUGAUGGCUUUGGGGGUAUCAUGCCUCGAUGGGAGAUCCUCUUCAACAUCACGAUCCUUCGGUUGAUUAGUUUCAACAUGGAUUACUAUUGGAGCCUCGACUACCCCGCUGCCAGUCCCAUUGAAGUAAGUUUAUUUCCUUCUCGGUACGGAAUCCAAUCUGACAGACAUAAGAAGAAACAGGUCGAUCCUGCAGCACUGUCAGAGCGUGACCGUGUCAGUAUCCCCGCGGAACCAGCUGCGUUCAAUGGGCGUUAUUACCUUGCCUAUGUUCUCUAUGCUCCGCUUUACUUGACAGGCCCUAUCUUGACCUUCAACGACUACAUUUCCCAACAAAGAUAUGCACCUCCAUCUCUCACGAGAACUAGGACAGUCCUCUAUGGCAUUCGCUUCUUCUUGACACUUCUCGCCAUGGAGCUAAUACUACAUUUCAUCUACGCCGUGGCUAUCUCGAAAGCUUCCCCCGACUGGUCCUUGUACACAGCCGGCCAACUCAGCAUGCUGGCAUACUUCAAUCUGCAUAUUAUCUGGCUCAAACUUUUGAUUCCAUGGCGGUUCUUCCGUUUCUGGGCAUUAGUCGACGGGAUUGAUCCGACCGAGAACAUGAUACGCUGCGUUUCAAACAAUUACUCUCCCUCCUCCUUCUGGCGCGCAUGGCACCGCUCUUUCAACCGUUGGAUUGUGCGCUAUCUCUACGUGCCUCUGGGUGGAGGCAGCAGGGGAGGUUCCGACCGCGGCAAAUCUUCCGGUCUCUACGCCAAGGCCCGUCAGAUCUUCAACACGCUUAUUGUCUUCACCUUCGUUGCUCUCUGGCAUGACAUCAACCCUCGUCUUCUCAUGUGGGGCUGGCUUAUAACCCUCUUCGUUCUGCCCGAAGUCAUCGGCAGACUACUGUUCCCUGCCAGCCGAUGGCGUUCUCAUCCUACAGCGUACCGCGUCCUUUGCGGAGUGGGAGCUGUUGGCAACGUUCUAAUGAUGAUGAUCGCGAACCUGGUUGGAUUCGCUUUAGGAUUGGAUGGUUUGGAAGGCCUUCUGGCUGGAAUAUUGGGAUCCUGGGCCGGCAUCAUCUACCUCAUCUCAGCGUGCUGUGCUCUUUUUGUUGGAGUGCAGGUCAUGUUUGAGAUUCGUGAAGAGGAAGCACGGGCUGGUAUUGACUUGAAGUAUUGA